AGUGUAUGUGCGCGUUGCUAAAAUCCCCUUGUGAGUCCGAGUCUGAGAUCGGCCCUUGGUUCUCUCUUUUCUCUUUCGAUCUUCCUUUCCUUACCGCAUUGCUCAACAACCAUUUCCAAUUCCACGCUAAUGGCAAUUAGUGAGAAGUGUUGUUCAACUCAGCUUAUUGAUGGAGAUGGUACGUUCAAUAUUUCUGGGAUUGAAAACUUUAUGAAGGAGGUGAAAUUGGGUGAAUGUGGGCUUUCAUAUGCGGUAGUAUCUAUUAUGGGUCCACAAAGUAGUGGCAAAAGCACGCUAUUAAAUAAUUUGUUUCGUACCAACUUUGUAGAGAUGGAUGCUUUCAAGGGAAGGUCUCAAACAACGAAAGGAAUCUGGAUGGCUAGAUGUGCUGGCAUAGAGCCUUGUACACUUGUGAUGGAUUUGGAGGGUACAGAUGGAAGAGAACGUGGAGAGGAUGAUACUGCAUUCGAAAAGCAGAGUGCUCUAUUUGCUCUUGCUGUCUCAGAUAUAGUGCUAAUAAACAUGUGGUGCCAUGACAUUGGCCGUGAGCAAGCUGCAAAUAAGCCGCUUUUGAAAACUGUAUUUCAGGUCAUGAUGAGAUUGUUUAGCCCACGCAAAACAACAUUGUUAUUUGUCAUACGUGAUAAAACAAGGACACCACUUGAAAAUUUAGAACCUGUGUUGCGAGAAGAUAUUCAGAAGAUAUGGGACUCUGUUCCUAAACCACAGGCCCACAAAGAAACCCCACUAAGUGAAUUUUUCAAUGUUGAAGUCGUUGCUCUUUCUAGUUAUGAAGAAAAGGAAGAUCAAUUUAAGGAGCAGGUUGCCAGCUUGAGGCAACGAUUCUAUCAUUCUAUCGCUCCUGGUGGGCUUGCAGGGGAUCGGCGUGGAGUAGUUCCUGCUUCUGGCUUUUCUUUUAGUUCUCAACAAAUAUGGAAAGUCAUUAAGGAGAACAAAGACCUUGACCUUCCUGCACAUAAGGUUAUGGUUGCUACUGUACGAUGUGAAGAAAUUGCCAAUGAGAAAUAUGCCUCUUUUGUUGCACAUGAGGAAUGGUGUCAAUUGGAAGAGGAUGUGCAAUCUGGCCCUAUUCCUGGAUUUGGGAAAAAGCUCAAUUCACUCCUUCAUACUUCUUUGUCAGAGUAUGAUGCUGAGGCCACUUAUUUUGAUGAAGCUGUGAGAUCUGCAAAACGAAAACAACUUCAAGAAAAAUUGUUUCAACUUGUCCAACCAGCAUUCCAAUCUGCUCUGGGACAUAUAAGAUCUGGAACUUUGGAUAAAUUCAAGGAGGUAUUUGACAAGGCUUUGAAUGGAGGGGAAGAGUUUUCUGCUUCUGCUAAUAAUUGCAUUGGGUCUUGUAUGGCUCAAUUUGAUGAAGCAUGUGCAGAUGUUCUUAUUGAGCAAACAAAUUGGGAUACAACUAAAGUACGGGAGAAUCUGCAGCGUGAUAUGGAUGCACAUGUUGCAUCUGUAUGUGCAGCUAAGAUUUCUGAACUUACUGCAUCAUAUGAGGCAAAACUGAAAGAAGCUUUGUCUGGCCCUGUUGAAGCUCUUUUGGAUGGAGCUAAUAGUGAUACUUGGCCAUCAAUAAGGAACCUUCUUAGUCGUGAGACUAAAUCAGCUGUUUCGGGGUUCUCUGCUGCGCUUACUGGGUUUGAUAUGGAUGAAGAAACAAGACAGAAAAUGAUUUUGAGUUUAGAGGAUUAUGCAAGGGGUCUGGUAGAAGGAAAGUCUAGGGAAGAAGCUGGAAGAGUUCUAAUUCGUAUGAAGGAGAAGUUUACGAUGCUGUUUAACCAUGAUUCUGAUUCAAUGCCUCGUGUUUGGACGGGGAAAGAAGAUAUUCGAGCCAUCACCAAGACUGCUCGCUCUGCUUCUUUGAAGUUGCUAUCUGUUAUGGCUGCAAUUCGUUUGGAUGAUGAUGAUACUGAUAAUAUCGAGAAAACAUUAGCAGUUGCAUUGGUGGAUUCAUCAAGCAGUGCUGUUAAUAGGAGCAUCACAACAGUUGAUCCGCUAGCUUCUAGCAGUUGGGAACAGGUUCCAUCCUCUAAAACACUGAUUACCCCUGUUCAAUGUAAAUCUUUGUGGAGGCAAUUCAAGACAGAGACAGAGUACAGUGUCUCUCAAGCCAUUUCUGCACAGGAGGCCAACAAGCGUAGUAACAACUGGUUACCUCCCCCAUGGGCAAUUGUUGCUUUGGUUAUUCUGGGAUUUAAUGAAUUUAUGACACUUCUAAGAAAUCCCUUGUAUUUGGGUGUCAUCUUUGUUGGUUUUCUUCUCAUUAAAGCCCUGUGGGUGCAGCUUGACAUUUCGGGUGAAUUUCGCAAUGGAGCCCUUCCGGGAAUCAUAUCCUUGUCUAGCAAGUUUGUUCCAACUAUCAUGAAUCUUAUCAAAAGACUAGCAGAGGAGGGACAGAACCCUGCAACUAACAAUCCUCAGAGAAACCCAUCAAUAAACAAUUACAAUGCUGUUACUGCUGGUAGUGCUGUCUCAUCUAGUGCUUCAUCUAACGUAUCUUCAUUGGACAAUGGAACCGAAUAUGCCAGUUCAUCAAAAGAUGAGUAGGUGAAGAAAGUCAUCUUACUGAAGAGCAAUUUCUUUUUUUGGAAGAUGGUGUUGUCUGCUGGCGGCAUGCUGGGUUUUUGCUUGUCCACGAAUUUAUGACAUGUUAGCAUUCAUGACAUUCAGAGGCAUUGGUUUUUGUGCAAGUGCCGAAUACAGGGAGGGGGCAAUGUUUUGUUCCGAGGUGGUCCCCCUUAAAAUAUUUCCAAUUUAGGUGCUUCAGUUAGUUGGAGAAGUUAGCUUAUUUUACAUGGUCUUUGAUGGUUAUGCUGGUUUUGCGAUCAAUUUUGUUUGUAAUUUUUAUCAGUGUUUCUGAGUGUAUUUUUUUUUGAAAAUUUAUUAAUUGGACUCGUGUAUUUAUAUUAGAUUUUUAUGAUAUACUAGAGGCUUGUGGAAGUUACAUGUAAGAUCGUGUUUGCUUCUUGUAAUGCGAACUAUUGA